GGCUUGAACUGGACUGAUGUCAGACGCACACACAAAUCUGGAAUGAUGUAAGAUGCUGUGUGUGUGUGUGUGGAUCAGACAAAUAAUUAAGUCGUUAAUGAACGUAAAGCUCAUUUCACACUGUCCCAGUUAUGCUGCGGCUGCUUUGCCGUCGUCCCCCUUUUUUUCUUCCGUCAUUCUGAGCUCCGCUUCGUGUGUUUACAUGUUUCUCCACUUAAGGAUAGAUCCUUUAUAGACUCAGCAGUGCGUUCUCACACCCCACUAAAAGCACCUGCUUUUACCGCCUCCACUUCCAGAAUGUCGGUCUGCAGCGGCUGCUAUUUCGGGGAACAAGAAGGGGAAUCUGAUGUGAGAGGAGCCGUGGCUCCGCAGCAGAGCUGUGGGAGCAGCCCGGGAUUUAUUUAGGUUAACCGACAAAGAGACGAGUCUGACAGACGGAUCAAUGACAGGCCUCGUCCUGGAACCAGCCCUGCAGGAACGACGAGGCCCAGCUGUCCUCUGACUCACGCGCUGACUCUGUGAAGAUCACCCUGAGCGUUUUAUUUAGUUUGUGACUGAGGCUUGCAAACGUGUUGGGUAAUGAUGUGAAACGACACGGGCUUUAUUUUCGGAUGCGUUCUGAGGCUGCGUGAGCCCCAGGGGACGCAGGCUCAGCGCGUGGGGUCGCGUCGCGUCGCCGCUGCCUUUAGUGCAGCCGGUGAUCAGGUUACCGGGCUGGAGGUGCUGAGCGCUGGUGUUGGUUUCCAGAGCGAUCGGCGCCGCCUGUGUUGUGGUUGCCGGUGGUCGGAGGGAGGAUUUGUCCCGUUCUCGUGACCCGGCCACAGAUUUGGCUCAUGUGCCGUGGUGACGCUGGUCAGACCAGCCGUCCUACAGAGACAUGAGGAGUCCUCCGGGCCUGCGUCGCUGAGUCGGGGUUCGUACGUCAGUUCCAGCAGCCAUGGCUGACAGAGAGGGGCUGCCCUUUGCCCCAGGACAGGUGUACAUCGAGGUGGAGUACGACUACGACUACAAGGUCAAAGACAAGGUGGUGAGCAUCCGUCAGGGAGAGUGCUACGUGCUGGUGAAGAAGACCAACGAGGACUGGUGGCAGGUGAGGAGGGAGGAGGGCACCAAGGCCUUCUACGUGCCGGCUCAGUACGUCAGGGAGGUUCGCCGGGCCCUCCUGCCCCCCCAGAAGCCCACGCUGAGGGCCAAGCCCACCGUUCUGGAUAUUUGCCGGGCCUCCGAUGAAAACCUGAACAGACCUCAGCCGGAGAUGUCCAGCUUUGGGCGGCCGUCGCCGUCGUCCACGCCGUCGCCGUCCUCUGACCGCGUCACGCCGCCGGUUCUAGCCAAGGACUCCAACCAGAACCCGGGGAGCCCCAACCACUGCAAGGUUGUAGCCGAGCUGGUGCUUUUCCACAACAACAACAACCACCACCAUGCGAACAACUCCACGUUGCCUCGGACACGGGCGGACUCGCCCCCGGACCUGGUGUGCGGCAGCCACAGCAAGAGUCCGGACAGCGACAAGACGUCCCCGGGCGGCGAGCUGCCAGGAGACGCGCCGGGCAAACGCCGCAACGACUCUGAGUCUGGGGAUGAGCUGAGCAGCAGCUCCACAGAACACAUGCAGACAACAUCGCCUACGGGUCUGGGCCGGUCCGACUCUCCGGUCUACACCAACCUCCAGGAGCUGAAGAUCUCACAGUCCAGCCUGCCGCCCGUCCCCUCCGGCUCCCCUCUGCACAUCCUGGGGGACUGGGAGACGCACAAGGACCUGAGUGGCCGGCAUUUCUACUACAACCGCGCCACAGGAGAGCGGACCUGGAAGCCCCCACGCACCAGGGACGCCAGCGGCAGCAUCAGCAGCGUCCGGGGAGACAGCCAGGGUACACUGGAGAGUGAGCCGCUGUCUUCUGAGGACACCUGCCACAGCACCCACUCCAGUCAGUCUGACAGCCAGUACGGGUCGCCCCCCCGGGGCUGGUCCGAGGAGCUGGACGAGCACGGACACACGCUCUACGUGUCUGAGUACACGCAGGAGAAGUGGAUAAAGCAUGUGGAUGAGCAGGGCCGGCCUUACUACUACAGCGCUGAUGGCUCCAGAUCUGAGUGGGAGCUGCCCAAGUACAACGUCUCCCCUCAGAGCGGUGAGGUCCCCAAGAGUCGGAGUCUGGAGCGAAAGCAGCAGGAUCCCAUCGUCCUCACUAAAUGGAGACACAGCACCUACGUGUUAGACCUCAACGACAAGGAGUGUGCUCCAGCGCCCAAGCAGAGCUCUCCAGAUUCUGACUCGUGUCCUUCAUCUCCUAAGCACCCUUCAACCCCUUCAGAGAAGUGUGGCGUCCUCAACGUCACCAAAAUCACAGAGAACGGGAAGAAAGUCAGGAAGAGCUGGACCUCCUCGUGGACAGUGCUGCAGGGCUCCUCUCUGCUCUUUGCGAAGGGUCAGGGGGCCAGCACCAGCUGGUCCUACUACCACAGUGGCUCCAUCCCAGAGCUGCUUCUUACUCUCCUUAGCAGCUGGAGACGCUCGGUCAAGCCCCGUCCUGCUGUGACCUUUGUGCAGGCUGCCGCUAAGUUUGGCAGCAACCAGUCAAAGCCCGAGUUCACUGUUGACCUGCGGGGGGCGUCGGUGGAGUGGGCCUCGAAGGACAAGUCCAGCAAGAAGCAUGUUAUUGAGCUGAAGACGCGUCAGGGGACGGAGCUGCUGAUCCAGUCAGAGAUCGACAGCGUGAUCAACGACUGGUACCGGGCCCUCACAGAGGCCAUCAACACACACGCCUGGGAGUCUGAUGAGGCCAUAGAGGAAGACAUGCCUGAGUCUCCAGGAGCUGAAAAGCAGGACAAGGAGAAAGAGCAGCGGGACUCCAAGAAGAACAGAGCCAUGAAGACGUCUGUGAGCAUGGACUCCUCAGACCAAAAGAAAACAAGGAUGAAGCUCAAGAAGUUCCUGACGCGUCGCCCAACGUAUCAGGCAGUGAGAGACAAAGGCUACAUCAAAGACCAGGUGUUUGGCUGUAGCCUGACCAGUCUGUGCCAGAGGGAGAACACAUCAGUGCCCAACUUUGUCACAAUGUGUAUCGACCACGUGGAGAACACGGGUCUCAGUGUUGAUGGCCUUUACAGAGUCAGCGGGAACCUGGCCGUCAUUCAGAAGCUGCGCUUUGCUGUGAAUCACGAUGAGAAGGUAGAUCUGAAUGACAGCAAGUGGGAGGACAUCCACGUCACCACCGGAGCUCUCAAGAUGUUCUUCAGGGAGCUUCCUGAGCCUCUCUUCACCUACGGCUCCUUCAAUGACUUUGUCAAUGCCAUCAAAUACUCGGACCAAAAGCAACGAGUGAAUUCACUCAAGGACUUAAUCAAGAAGUUGCCAAAACCAAACCAUGACAUAAUGCAAAUCCUCUUCAAGCACCUGCGGAGGGUGAUCGACCACGGGGAGGCCAACCGCAUGACCACCCAGAGCGUGGCCAUCGUGUUCGGACCCACGCUGCUCCGGCCCGAGACGGAAACGGGCAACAUCGCGGUCCACAUGGUCUACCAGAACCAGAUCGUGGAGCUUAUACUGCUUGAAUACGAAAGCAUCUUUGGGAGGUAGAGGAUGAGUUUGCCUUUGCUGAACUGAACGUUGUUGUGGACCAAGCAACUGGAAGAAAAUGACUGGACGGUUUACAAGGUGUCGCACUUACAGAUGUUUGGAGGUGAAUUAAAAUAAUAAAUAAAAUGUGUAAAAUGCUUCUUCAGCUGCUGCGAGUAGUGCUGUGGACGCUGAUCGGUGUGACUUGGUGGUUUCUCCACAUACACUGGAUCCCUGUGGCCAGUACAGUCAUUUAAACCUGGGCCCCCCUGCUGGGACACGGAGCUCAGUCUGGACUGGAAGCCUUUUUUUCAUUUUCCUUGUGGAGCUUUGUGUGUUAAAAAUAAUAAUCAGUGUUAUGUCGACCGACUGGAUGAACUGGACGACGUCCUCUGAAACAGUGUUAAUUAACCCUUUUGACAGGAGUUUGACUUGAACAGGGCGUCUGAUGUGCUUUGGUAAAGGUUCCAGGCUCGUCUGUGAGGUUCAGUGUUCGUUCUCAAGUGCUGAGGUUUGACUGGAAAAAUAACAUGAACUGUGUGUGUGACUCCUGAUGCUCUGCUCAUGACUUAAGCUAAUAUUUAAAAGUAUUGAGAAAAGGGAAACCUUUCAGAUGUGGAGCCUCUCUGCAUAUGUACAGUGACAGAAGCUAGUUGUUGAAAUGUGCUGUAGUGACUGAGGUGUGUGUGUGUGUGUUCUCUGAACCGGUGGGAGAUGAUUUGAACACAAUACGGAUUGUUAAAAAUAAAGCCCCCGGUCGACUUUCCCCUUGUUUUAAGGUGCACCUGCAGCUGCACAUUCUGAAUGUCAUUUUCAGGCUAACUGCUGUUUGUGAACUUGCUACGUCUAAUAAAAGGCUAAAGACAGA